CACGCCAUGACAUCAGCCCUGGUGUGGUGCGGUGUGCAAAGCCCACUGGUUGGAGUGGCUCGGGACACGCCUUCCCCCGAGCGGAACAAAACGGCGCAAGGGCCGGGCGCGCCCAGCCGCCACUUCCGAGAGCACUGCAGCCCGCGCCGCCCAGCCCGCUGCCAGAAUGCCGAACUGGGGAGGAGGCAAGAAAUGUGGGGUGUGCCAGAAGACAGUUUACUUUGCUGAAGAGGUUCAGUGUGAAGGCAAUAGCUUCCAUAAAUCCUGCUUCCUGUGCAUGGUCUGCAAGAAGAAUCUGGACAGUACCACUGUGGCUGUGCAUGGUGAGGAGAUAUACUGCAAGUCCUGCUAUGGCAAGAAGUAUGGGCCAAAAGGCUAUGGCUACGGGCAAGGUGCAGGCACGCUCAGCACCGACAAGGGGGAAUCAUUAGGCAUCAAACAUGAGGAGGUGCCUGGUCACAGGCCCACCACCAAUCCAAAUGCCUCCAAGUUUGCCCAGAAGAUUGGUGGCUCCGAGCGCUGUCCCCGAUGCACCCAGGCAGUCUAUGCUGCGGAGAAGGUGAUUGGUGCUGGGAAGUCCUGGCACAAGUCCUGCUUCCGAUGUGCCAAGUGUGGCAAAGGCCUUGAGUCAACCACCCUGGCAGACAAGGACGGAGAGAUUUACUGUAAAGGAUGCUAUGCUAAAAAUUUUGGGCCCAAAGGCUUUGGAUUUGGGCAAGGAGCUGGAGCCUUGGUCCACUCUGAGUGAGGCCACCAUCGCUUGCUGUAUCCUGCCCACUCCUGCGCUUUAAAUCGCCAUUCCCUUCCCAGCAGCCUUGGAGGCCUCCGGGAUGCCUUCUCUCUCUCUCAGCCCUGCCACAUAUCACUAACGACUUGAACAUUAUCAUCUGGCUCCCUUUGAUUUGGGGGUCUGCCUGAGGUCCCACCCGCUAAGGGGUCCCCCUUUGUGGCAUCUGACACCAUCACCAGUAGAGGGCUUCAGUGGUUUUGGUCUGGGUGAGACAAGGCUGCCCUCUGCUGGCUUCCCACACCUCACCCCACAGCCCUCUAUUUUUAGCCUCCUAGGCUGAGUAUCCAUCACUUGGCCAAGACGGGUGAGCCCACAUAUUGGAGCCCAGCACUAGGAGCAGCAGCACUAGGCCUGGAGGAGAAAGGAAGCAGGACCAAGAUGAGAUAGAGGAAGGCUGGGCUUUAUUGGAUCUGUGGGGAAAAAGAUGGGUUUCUUGGUGUCCCUCGGAAUAAGGAGUCCUAGCUCAGGGAGUCACUGUUGGAGGCAGAGAGCUGUGCAGGCAGGAUUGUAGGAGACCCUGCUUCUCUAGGCCACUUGCCUGUGAGUCUUUAAUGCAACUUGCAUCCUACUACUUAGUUGGAAGGGAACUCAUGUUGGGAUAUUGUCUGACCUCCCCAGAAAUGCUUGGUGGGGAGAUCCUAAUGAAACAACUCCAGUACACAUUUGCGUUUAUCAGGGGCACACAUCUCUGGAGAGUUAGUUCUGGCCCUGACCCUAGGUCCUGAGGCUACAGAUGGGAAUUUCUGCCUGUCCCAGCACAGCCAGGGCUUUCUGUUCUUGACACGCUUGCUUGACCCUGAGAAGUGGAGGGAAGCCAACACAGCCUCUGUCUUCAUCCAGACACCCCUUCCCUCUGCCCCUACUCCUCAGGACCUUCUCUCCAACCCAAGACCCUGCCUCCUCCACUCCAUUCUUCUCCAGGGAACCAUCUCUGACCAUGUCACUCCAUCCCUUCCAGGCCCCAGAUCAGGAGCAGUGGAGGGAAGGGGCUGGUGACUAAAAGGGUGGCAGGCACAGGCCAUAUUCAAGCUGAUUUCUCAUCUGAUCAAUAAAGCUGUUUAGAACAAAA